UUCUCUCACAGCAUGCACACCUCCAAUGAGUCCAACCAGGAAGAAGACAAGGCUAAACUCCAGCAAAUGGGCUUGCAGCGAAACUUGUGUGGAAAGUUCCUGACAUUCAACUGUAAUGGGUCGACUAUCUCCCAUCUACUGAAAAAAACCAUCAAGAUCAGAAAGGCUGUGAUGGAUGGCUUGUCUUAUCCACCAUCUGCUAUUGUGUCUAGUGUCACCAUGGCUGACCCCAGUAAGGAAGACCACACCGGUGACCCUACCAAAGCAAGUAUGACAGAACCACCGUCACUGAUGAACCACCCACCCGCUAUGGCAAGUCCUGAUGUUGACAGAUUGCUGAAACAAUUCCACCAUGCCAAGCGUGCAAGGGUAGAAAACAUCAUCCAGGGCAUGUCGAGUUUACCCAAAGCAAGGCUUCCCAGGGAAGGAGGGAGGAGUGAUGGAGGUACAAGGGAUGGUGGGAAAAUUUUCCAGGCCUGGAAGAGAAAAGGGAGCCUCCCUAAAAAGCAUAGCCACAGGUUGGGAGGAACCUGUUGUGGCAAGAGAGAAGAGUUCAGAAAGCUGAGGGAGCAGCUGUGGGCCACACAGAGGUUCCUUGAGGAGCUUCAGCAGCAGCAGGGCUUCCUUCAGGGUUGUCAGGCGAGCAGCUCCCAGGCAAGGGAUCGGGAGAAGGGCAAGACAGGCUCACCGGAGUGGGACAACAGCAAGAGGGACACACAACCUCCAGAGGGGUCCAACGGCAAGCCUUGCAUGCACCAGGACAAAGAGCAUGAGGGGGGCUUUAGCAAGGAUAAAAUUGAUGGAGGGCAGAGUCCCCAGGAGGACGACAGCCACUUAAUGCUCAACAAAGGACAUAAGAACUUGCUGGAGACUUUGAAGCAGGAGCUAUCCCAAGCCGUGAGUAAGAGCAUUGACCUGGUGUUUGAAAACCUCUCUCCUACUUUAUUUUACCAGUCUCAUCAAGCAAAUGUGAGGCCUGUUCUAUUCGCCAGUUAUAUAAAACCCAGGAAAAAUGUAUUGAUCCCCAGACCUCCAAAACUAUCCCUGGGCAAGGAAGAAAGAUUUCCUGUGGAAUUUCAAAAGAAGUCUAAGGUUCCAUUGACAGAAGACCAAACAGAGGCUGAAUCAUUUGUCAUUAGCAAUUCACCUUUGAUUCCCCGCCCCUCAGUGAACCAGAAGGCAAAAAGGCCUUACCACUCUCUCCAGGCACCGGCACAGUUAAACCAGCAAAACUAUCUGCAAGAAGAACAGAUUCUGGAACCCUUCAUGUAUGCUCCAUGUGAUAACCUGGCAAGCCUCCCUUGCAAGUCUCAAGCUGUCUCCCAGGAUUCAAUAACCCGGGACCACUUUAAGGUGAAGCCGAAAGUGAACUCCACUUAUAUGGAUCACCAGGCACAUCCUGUAGCUGUGGGUCCGGAAGGAGUGGGCACUCUUUGCCACUCUCACACAUUUAUGUCCAGUGACCUUCAGGCUGUAAUGGAAAGGAACUUCUUUAUGGCUGUCAACAUAUCCUUUCAUAACAGUUCUCCCGCAAUAAAGGGUUUUUAUUUUUCAAAGUGUUUUAGUAAUGCACAAUUUGGUAUUAGCCAGGAGCCAUACUACCCUGUACUCUUCUCAUGCCAAGCUGCUGUAGCUAAGCAGAUGGAAGGUUUAACUCCCAACCAUCUUAAGAAGGCAAAGCUGAUAUUCUUCUACUGCCGAUAUCCCAACUCCAAUGUGCUGAAAACUUUCUUUCCAGAUAUCCAGUUCAAUCGCUGCAUUACUUCCCAGCUCAUCAAGUGGUUCAGCAACUUCCGCGAGUUUUACUACAUCCACAUAGAAAAAUUUUGCCGCCAGUUCAUCGCGGAUGGAGUCAGCAGCGCUUCAGAUCUGUCUGUGACCAGGGAUUCUGAACUGUUCCGAGCCCUCAACAUGCAUUUCAACAAAGGCAAUGACUUCCAGGUCCCUAGCAGAUUUCUGGAGGUUGCUGAAAUUACACUCAGAGAAUUUUUCAAUGCCAUUUCACUGGCCAAAGACCUGGACCCAUCUUGGAAGAAAGCGAUCUACAAGGUCAUCUGUAAACUGGACAGCGAUGUCCCUGAAGUGUUUAAAUCCACCAUUUGCUGGUAGAGUAGAGCUGGCAGCUGCCAAUAAACACUGUCUACAGAACAGAGGCAAAUCUGUUCAAAAGGUAAAACACGACCACAAGUACAUGGUCCUUCUAGCUGGCCUCCAGUCUUAUUCAAGGUAAACCUCAAGAAAUGUAUCUAGGCAACUUAUUCAGUGUAAUUUCUGAUAAACUUACCAUUAUCUUCAGACAAAUCAAAAUAAAUGAGAUCAUUUUGGCAAGACAGCCUUUUUGUACAGUUUUGCAUGUGUGCAGCUUCAUAUACAUCAUACAUAACAUUGAAUGUACAUGUUCAGGUAUGUUUGUAGGUUCUUUAAUAAAGCAUCACCAGAUAUCUCCUUA